UGAGUGUGAUUUGUCUGCAAAUGUAAAUGUCAUACUUAAUAGAACCGUAGUAUUUUUGUGAUAAAAAUAUCGAAAUGGCUGAAAACAGAGAAGAAAUUCUAGCAAAUUUUCAGGGGAUAACAAACAUAGAAGAUGUAGCUGAAGCGAUAUUACAUUUAGACGAAUGUAACUGGGAUCUACUAACUGCAAUCAACCGAGUUAUGCCUCAAGAUGGUAACUCCCACAACUCCAUGUCUCACAACAGCGCCACACACGAUGUUGAGAUGAUAGACGAAGAUAUAUCUGUGAUAACACCAAAAACCCACCCACCAGAUCGGGAAGAAAACAAUCAAGCAUCAACCUCAUCUCCUAGAAAUAGUACCCUGAACCUAGUAGAGCUACAAGUUCAUUAUAAUAAUAAGAUGCACGAAAUCAAAAUGUCCGGUUCAGCAACUGUUCGUGACUUAAAGCGACGUUUAGAAGCGGUGUGUGGUGUGCCGGUGUGCCGGCAGCAGAUUGCUGGGCUGGGCGGUUCACAGGCUACCUCUUCCACAUCGCUUGCCACGCUCGGUCUGCAGAGGAAUGCGGUGAUACGACUCAAGUCUGCUAACCAGCAAAUGGCGGAUGAUGAAGUGGCGGAGAGAUUAACAACAACAUAUGUCCUGCGAGUAAAACACGAUGAGAAAGAAUAUACAUUGAAGUAUCCCGGCACGAAGACGGUACAAGAAGUGAAGAAUGACAUAUACUCACUCACCGAUGUACCUGUGAGGCAUCAGGUGUGGACUGGGUGGCCACCGGUGAUGGGGCUAGACGACACAGUGCUUGCCAUGGUUGGGCUGGACCUACCGCAGCACGAUCUCACAGUCAGGCGAGACCUCGCCAACGUCAGAAAAGAAUACAAAAGGAUAAUAGUGGACAGUUCAGACAGUGAUAACAGUUCUGUGGAAGAGAUCGAGGACCCGGGAGAUAACUUCCCCGCAGAGGAUGACAUGUUUGAUCUGGUGCAGACAGAGAGGAUAAUGCCCUUAAUGUCACAGAAUGUGGAGGACGAGGCAUUGGGGUGCAUAGAGUUCGCGCAUCGGUUCCGCGCACGCUACGGUCCUAACACGCCUAACUUCUUUGAAGGCACACUGCAGGAUGCCAUCAAAGAGUCCUGCCUCAAGCCCGCCAAAGAGAGGAAGCUACUGGGUGUAUACCUUCACCACGAGCAGUCUGUGUUGUCGAACGUCUUCUGCGCGCAACUGCUCGGCUGCGACACCGUGCUGCAGACUCUCGCCGCAAACUUCCUCGUCUACGGCUGGGACCUCACGCAUCCCAACAACACCAACAUGUUACUGAAUUCAAUUGCGAACGCGCUGGGUCCAGUGGCGAGUAUGACAAUACGCAGCAUCCCAGUGGACCGUCUGCCCGCGCUGCUCAUCAUCAUGCGCAUGCGCUCCAACACUGAAAUAUAUUCUGUUAUUAACGGUAACGUGGGUGUGUCUGAGCUGGUGGGUGGGCUGGUGGAGGCGAUAGAGAGGUUUGCGGCGCAGCGCGAGGAGGACGCGCGACUGGAGCGCGAGCGAGACGCCCGCCAGCGCGUCAAGCUCGAGCAGGAUGAGGCUUACCAGCGCAGUCUGGAGGCCGACAGAGCCAAAGAAGAAAUUAAGAAGCAACAAGAAUUAGAAAUAAAACAAGAGCUAGAAAGAGCGGAAUCUGAAAGAUUGAUGGAGGAAGCGAGGAAAGAGGAGUUGCGCGCUGGUGCUGAGGCGAGAGUGCCUCAGGAGCCGGGCGCGGAGGAGUCAGCGGAGGUGUCACGGAUCCGCGUGCGUCUGCCACCCCCACAUCAUGACAGCCUCGAGCGCCGCUUCUAUGCCACCGAUACGCUCGCUGCAUUAUUAGAUUUCCUCGCAUCGAAAGGUUACCCACAAGAAAACUAUAAAGUCAUCUCUAGCUGGCCUAGAAGAGACUUAACAUUAGAAUCUCACAGCAGUACUUUGAAAGCGUUAAAAUUGUACCCGCAAGAGACUAUAAUGCUGGAGGAGCGGUGAAGGACAGAUCUCACAGCGACCACUUCACUACUCCAAUAACUACAAAUUUCCAUUCCAAUAUGAAAAUACAUUGCCGUGACCCUUGUAUUGUUAUAUCUGUCUUUCCAAAAGGAAUUACAGAGAUUACAAUAUGUGUUAUUCCGACAGUCGAAAACCACAGUAACUCUUCAAUAACUUCACGGAAUAUCUUGUUAAAGGCGCGGGCUUUCCUUUUAAAGGACAUUUCAGUGGCAAAAACCAUAUUGAAUUCAUUAUGGGUAUGUUCCGAUAUACACUGCGACCACUGUAGAGUGU